CAAGAAGAUGACGAAAAUUUCAGACGAGCGCUCUCUAAUCUCUUCAGGGACAUCAGAUCUGAAGCUUUCAGCAAUAUGGAGUACUUUGAAGGCCAUAAACAUCAUAACCAUGAUAAAUUUUACAAAAUGUUUUGCACUUUAUUGGAGCACCUGGACUCUGACAGCGGGGUUGAUCAAUUUCUGGAUCGACUCUUACAAGACAUGCAUACUUACGACUAUGACGAAUUCACGCCAGCGAACGGCUACAGAAGCAUCAUCAAAGUCCUUCACAAGUGCUGUGUGCACAUCCUAGUACUUUGUAGGUACAUAUCAGUAAACAAGGGAUCUUUCUUGUUUCGUUGUGGACACUAUAGCCGAGAACUGUCUGCAUACGUGAACUGUCUAGGACAGAUCCGGGCAGCAAUGUUUUAUGCGGUAAAGCUUAUGGGGUAUUGUGAAGUUGGGGAGUUAUUCAGUGAUGAUAACAAGUUCCGUGGGAAUGAGACUGCUGAGAGACUCAUGGCUGAGUCGGAGUGCAUAGACGCUCAGUAUUUUUAUGGGCGGUGCCUAGGAUUUCAGUAUUGUGAGUCCAUGCUAAGACCUUUCCAAGUACUUCACAUCACAAUGGCUGUGUACAGUGAGCUUUACAAACAGGACAAGUCUAAGCUAGGAAAGCUGACUGGUUCAAUCCUCAGUGGUGGGAAAUAUUUACUGAACCCUGACCUGAGGGGUAAACAGGUGUCUGUGACAACUAAGACUGAGGACAUCAGGUUCUGUAAGGGGUUCUGGGGGCUGGCUGAGACACAGAUGAUGCACACAUUACCAGACUAUGUCUGUCCCUCUGUACAAGUCAACGAGGUGCUCCUGAUCCCAGCCAAAGCUGUAGACAUUCCCAAGUCUCAGAGCAUUGGUCAUGUGACCAUCCACCCCCCGCAGUCCCACCACGGCCCUGGUCCCGUCCAGGUGCGGCUGAUAUCACAGGUGUACAGAGAAGGACAGGAGUUGCUGUUGCCUUACCUCAAGGACCAAAAAGGAGGAAAAUUUGUAAACAACAGAAAAGUCCAGCCCAAGUCCCCGUAUCUCCUCAUACAGUGUCAUGGAGGAGGGUUCGUAGCUCAGAGCUCAAAAUCUCAUGAAACUUACCUCAGAGAGUGGGCAUGUGACCUUAAAGUGCCUCUGGUUGCCAUUGACUACUCCCUCGCCCCCGACAGCCCUUACCCCCGCGCCAUAGAGGAGUGCUUCUUUGCCUACGCAUGGAUACUGCAGAAUUGUCAUAUACUGGGUUCUACAGGAGAGAAGAUCUGUCUGGUUGGGGACAGUGCAGGUGGGAACCUCAUUCUCUCCACAGCUCUCUGGGCUGGGGAGAUUGGAAUACGUGUUCCAGACGGCCUGGUUGGAGCAUACGGCUGUUUUAUGGUCAGAUACUCACCCUCUCCCUCUAGAAUACUCAGUAUCAUGGAUCCUCUCAUUCCUGUGGGGAUGCUGACCAGGGUGCUAGGAGCUUAUGUGGGUGUAACUGAAGAAGAAAUUCUAGCAUCUCAGAAAAGUGCCUCUGAUCUGCUGAAGAAAUCCAAAGAUGGGAGGGAACCAGAGCCUGCUGAAGAGCCCUUACUUCAGCCCCAAGAUGAGCCACAAUCACAGUCUUGCAGUAAAUCUCUACAUGGCACUGAAAAAGAUUCAUCAAACAAAGGUGCACAAAUCAGAAUAGAAAGCAAAAAUCAAAUAGCAGACAAUGGAAAAAUAGCUCUUCACCGUUUGUGUGGUCCAACCGUGGUGGAUGUAGACAAAAAAUCAGGACAGGAAGAUUUGGGUGCCCCUCAUUUGACAGGUGCACCAGAUCUGACCUUGGAGAAACUUAAAGUGCACACAUCAUGUAAGAUUGACUCUCCCCACAGGAAGAGACUUCUUUCUGAGGUGGUGGAAAAUGAAGAGCUAGAGGAAACAACACCAGAACUUACUUUAACAGAGGAUGAAAUGGCCAGUGAUGUGAAAACAAAAACAGGGAAUGAAAAAAGGAUGUUUGACAUUGAUUUAGGUGAUCUUAAAAUUGAAGAUGUAAAAACAUCAGAAAAUGUGAGCCCAUUUGUCAGAAAAACUUCUUUGGAUAGUUUAGGUGACCCUGUUGACUUUUAUUCCUGCAGUUCAGGAUCUGAUUUUAGUGUGGGGAGUCCCUCAUCAAAUCCAAGGACUACAUCCCAUAAUACUCCAUCAAUCCCAGGGGUCCAUGUGACAGGACAGUCUGCUCCAACAAGUGGCAAAAGUGAAGGAUUUGGGGACUUGAAGGUCACUUUUUCAAAGGCAAAAAAUACAGUUACUCUUCCCCCCAAAUCCUUACCUACCCCACUGAAGAAGAUUUUUCACACACGGAGUCCAUCUUCACCCAACUUACACAGUGUUAUGUAUGGACAGGAGAAAUACAAGCAGCAGGCUGUAGUAGGGGUGUCCCCGAGGACAGGUGACUGGGUCCCCCUGUAUGCCUUGGAGUGUACACCUGAGGAGAGUCCACUGUUAAAGUUCCACCAUAUUGAGCUGCCUAAGGACCCAUACAUGUCCCCUCUCCUGGCCACGGACCACAUGCUCAGGAAGCUGCCUCCUGUCUUCUUAGUGUCCAGCCACCUUGACCCUGUAGUGGACGACUCAGUGUCCCUGGCCAAGAGGCUCAAGGCCAUUAACCGCCCUGUAAAACUUGACAUCCUGGACGAUCUACCCCACGGCUUCUUGAACUUUGUCAUGAUCAGUAAGGAGGCGAAGCAGGGGGCCGACCUGUGUAUUGCUAGGAUUAGGGAGGUGUUUGGAUCAUGAUCUGUUGACCUGUGUAUUGCUAGGAUUAGGGAGGUGUUUGGAUCAUGAUCUAUUGACCUGUGUAUUGCUAGGAUUAGGGAGGUGUUUGGAUCAUGAUCUGUUGACCUGUGCAUUGCUAGGAUUAGGGAGGUGUUUGGAUCAUGAUCUGUUGACCUGUGUAUUGCUAGGAUUAGGGAGGUGUUUGGAUCAUGAUCUGUUGACCUGUGUAUUGCUAGGAUUAUUGCUGUAACAAUGAAUGAACUAUAAGUGAGUCAGGUAAGCUUGUCAUGCUGUUUCUGAGCUCAUUCAGGUGAAGAAUUGCUACUCAUUACACCUUCAAUUAUGGAAAUAUGUAAUAUUUGGAAAAUAAUUUGUUGAUGUGCUCAUUUUUUUUAUUUAGAAUAUUUUCCUUUCUACCAAAAAUGUUCAGUUAUAUAAAGGUGAGAAUUUAUACAAUCUGAGGAUUAGUGUAUUGUUCAGCAAAGUGUCAGAUUGGUUUAUUGCAAAAAUUACUUAAUUUUUCUUGGUGUAGAGUUUUAAUUUUCU